AUGGGAGCUCCGAAUCUCAGCUCUGCUGAAUUUGAGGCUGUUAUCCCUUUGGAAGCAGACGAUAAAUCGGGACGAGGUGGCCAGCGCCUGCGUCUCGAUCGCACCCACCGGCUGCCCAGACCGCUCCUCCUUCCCCACCCUACCGCAACCAGGCCGUUCCCGGGCAUCGCUCAGUCCCAUCCUUCUCUCUUUCUCUCCCCAACAGCUAAGAAGAAGAACAAGAAGGGCAAGACCCUCACUCUGACGGACUUUCUGGCGGAGGACGGUGGCGGUGGCGGCGGCCCUACCUAUAUCCCCAAACCCGUCAGCUGGGCCGAUGAGACAGAUGACCUGGAAGGAGACGUUUCUACCACCUGGCACAGUAAUGAUGACGAUGUGUACCGGGCCCCUCCGAUCGACCGCUCCAUCCUGCCCACCGCCCCGCGGGCUGCUCGGGAACCCAACAUAGACAGAAGCCGCCUCCCGAAAUCCCCCCCCUACACCGCCUUUCUGGGAAACCUGCCCUACGACGUGACGGAAGAAUCCAUCAAGGACUUCUUCAGAGGACUCAACAUAAGUGCUGUACGUUUGCCGCGGGAGCCUACCAACCCGGAGAGGUUGAAAGGUUUUGGUUAUGCUGAGUUUGAAGACAUAGACUCCUUGUUCCAGGCUCUGAGCCUCAAUGAGGAGUCCCUAGGGAACAGAAGAAUACGAGUGGAUGUUGCUGAUCAAGCUCAGGAUAAAGAUCGGGACGAUCGCUGCUUUGGCAGAGAUCGGGAUCGCUUCCGUGACUCGGAGAGGUUCGAGAGCGACUGGAGGGCCCGUCCUGCCACCACCGAUAGCUUUGAUGAUUACCCGCCCCGCAGGGGCGACGACAGCUUCGGAGACAGGUAUCGGGAUCGCUACGACGAUCGGUAUCGUGAUGGUCCGCGGAGGGAUAUGGACCGUGGCUUUGGGGGCAGGGAUCGCUACGACGACCGCAGCAGAGACUAUGACCGAGGCUACGAUUCCAGGAUAGGCAGCGGCGGAGGGCCUUUCGGCAGCGGCUAUCGCCGGGAUGACGACUACCGAGGGUGCGGUGACCGCUACGAAGACCGCUAUGACCGGCGGGAUGACCGGAUGGAUAGGUGGAACUCCCGGGAUGAUUACGGCCGGGAUGAUUUCCGCCGUGAGGACAGAGGUCCCACUCAGAGGCCGAAGCUGAACCUGAAGCCCCGGAGCGCGCCCAAGGAGGAAGAGACCUCCGUGGCCCCUGCGCCCCAGUCCAGCCGGGCUGCCUCCAUCUUCGGGGGGGCCAAACCGGUGGACACGGCUGCCAGGGAGCGGGAGGUGGAAGAGCGGCUACAGAAGGAGCAAAACCCGCUCGCUGAUCCUCUUCCCUCCCCGUGUUGCGGCUCCCGAGCACCCGCAUCAGCCCCCUCUCCCCUCCGGCGCAGGCAUCCCAGCUGGCGAAGCGAAGAGAACCAGGAGCGGUCGCGGACGGGGAGCGAGUCCUCGCAGACCGGCAAUUCGGGGCCCCCCGGCACCUCUGUGGGAACUGGCCCGACGGGCAGGACCACGCGAAGGCGGGAGAGCGAGAAGUCUUUGGAGAACGAGACGUUCGCCAAAGAGGACGAUGCCCCUUCUCCCACCUCCAAGCCGAAGGAGGAGAAGCAGCCCCUGAAGGUGAUGCCUGCGCCACCGCCCAAGGAGAACGCCUGGGUGAAGCGGAGCAGCAACCCCCCUGCCCGCUCGCAGAGCUCGGAUUCGGAGCAGCACUCCCCCACGAGGUCAAGGGCCGAGCGCCCUUCCGUGAUAGAGCAGCUUCGCUCGGCGCGUAACGAAACUCCUCCCUGCCAGCAGUUCAGCCAUGCCAGCAAGUACGCUGCUCUGUCAGUAGAUGGCGAAGAUGAUGGCGACGACGAAGAAUGCGCCGAAUAGACCCUGCGGGCCCUUGCGCCGCCUCCCAGCCAGCCGCCACCGUGGGAUCAUUUGGAGAAUUAAAAACCAAACCUCUAUCCAGACGAGACAGAAAUAAAACCUAAAACUCGACAUCUCCUGGAGACCUUUCUUAAACUUCUUAAAUC